AUGGAGAUGAUGGAGGACGAGGAGCGAAGAGAAGAUUCUCACGUAUAUGCGUCGAGUACGGCGAAAACGCCCAAUCCAAACUGGACGCGUUUCGGUGGAUUGCAUCAACCGAAAACGUCAGCAACAAAAACAUCGCGCUUAGGGACCUUGAGAGAAGAAGAUUCAACGUUAACCCCUACCUCGACUUUAUCAGAUAUACCAACCAUCACGAAUGCUAUCAAUGGAGGAAAACCGCCAAGAAAUGCUAGCGCAGAUAUGCCACCACCUCCCGCGCGCGCUAUAAUUACGCCAGAGGUUUGGAACGACGACGGGUAUUUCGACGAGAAAAUUACAGUUGAAAACGAACGAGAAGAAGCAUUUUGCGUCUAUCGCGCUGCAGAUAUUGGGAUUAUACCUGAUGGUGAUGGAAAAACAGUAACAACAACAACGUUGGUGUGUUUACACGGGUGCCCGUACUCCUCGCUUUCGUGGGCGCCGUUCGUGAAAGAGUUCAGAAACAAAUGUAAAACGCAAACAAAGGUUGAGAUAUACGCCAUCGAUUUGAGACAUCACGGAGAAUCGAUAUCGAUGCGCGACGGCGGGAGCGACUUUAGUUUAGGAAGAAUGGUAGAAGAUGUCGCGAUGAUUUUAAAGCACUUAUUUUCGCAAACAGAAAUAGAUCGAAAGUGUGUUCUCAUCGGCCACUCGAUGGGUGCUUCUGUAGCGAGCUCUCUCGCGCUACGAGAAGACAUGUGGACGAAAAACGUAAAUGAUAAAAAUGAAAUAUCGUUAGCUGGUCUGAUCGUCGUCGAUGUCGUCGAAGGGUCGGCACUAAAGGCUUUGCCGAUGAUGUCUUUACAGCUAUUGAAUCGGCCCACUUCCUUCCGAACGAUGAGAGACGCAUUCCGUUGGUGUUUGGGAUUUGGAGGGAGCACGAAGAGCGUAGAAUCAGCCCGGAUAUCGUUCCCUUCGCAGUUGCACCAGAAAAGCAACGGCAACAGCAGUAGUUUUAGUGAUAGCAAUAGCGAACGAGAGGAUGCGUCGUCUCCGUUUACUUUUCGAUGCGACGUUGUGAAGACGGAGCCGUAUUGGAAGGAAUGGUAUUUGGGUAUGAGUGAAAGAUUUUUGAGCGCGAAAACUUCGAAAGCGCUCCUUCUGGCAGGGACCGACCGAUUGGAUACGCCUUUAACGAUAGCGCAGAUGCAAGGCAAAUUCCAGAUGGUUGUGUUUCCAAACAGCGGGCAUGCGAUUCAGGAGGAUGAACCAGAAAAGUUUACGCAAGUUGUCCAAGAUUUCUUGACGCGAUAUGUACAAAAUUAA